UGAAAACAGAAGUGGAGUAGGAGGGAAGGCUGAUGAGUGUGUGUGUGUGUGUGCGUGUGUGUGUGUUUGCAGCAGGAGAGCGUGAGUCUGUCGCGGAUUCUGAGUUUUUUUUAAUCUCAACUUCAUUAAAAUGGACACGUUAAAUACACUGAAACAGUUUGACGCGUACCCUAAAACUCUGGAGGAUUUCCGGGUGAAGACGUGGGGAGGAGCCACCGUGACGGUCAUCAGCGGCAUCAUCAUGUUUAUCCUGUUUGUGUCUGAACUGCAGUAUUAUCUCACUAAAGAGGUUCACCCUGAACUCUACGUCGACACGUCACGAGGGGACAAACUGAAAAUCAACAUCGAUGUGCUUUUCCCUCACAUGCCCUGUGCCUAUCUCAGUAUAGACGCGAUGGACGUGGCCGGUGAGCAGCAGCUGGACGUCGAGCACAAUUUGUUCAAAAAGCGUCUGGAUAAAGAUCUCAAUCCUGUCACCCACGAGGCAGAGAAACAUGAACUCGGUCCGGCUGAAGAAGGUGAAGUGUUUGACCCGAGCUCACUGGACCCAGACAGAUGUGAGAGCUGCUACGGAGCCGAGACUGAAGACCUCAAAUGCUGCAACAGCUGUGAUGAUGUGCGUGAGGCGUACCGGAGGCGUGGCUGGGCGUUUAAAAGUGCAGAAACCAUUGAACAGUGUAAGAGGGAGGGCUUCGUUCAGAAGAUGCAGGAGCAGAAGAACGAAGGCUGCCAGGUUUACGGCUUCCUGGAGGUCAACAAGGUGGCCGGAAAUUUCCACUUUGCUCCAGGAAAGAGUUUCCAGCAGUCGCACGUCCACGUGCACGCUGUGGAAAUUCACGACCUGCAGAGUUUCGGCUUAGACAACAUAAAUAUGACGCAUCACAUAAAACACCUGUCCUUCGGUAAAGAUUACCCCGGCAUCGUGAACCCUCUGGACGGCACGGACGUCACGGCGCCACAAGCGUCGAUGAUGUACCAGUAUUUUGUCAAAAUUGUUCCCACAAUUUACGUGAAAACUGACGGAGAGGUGCUGAAGACAAACCAGUUUUCUGUCACCAGACACGAGAAAGUGGCCAACGGGCUGAUCGGGGACCAGGGGCUGCCGGGCGUCUUUGUUUUAUACGAGCUGUCCCCGAUGAUGGUGAAGUUCACUGAGAAACACAGAUCAUUCACACACUUCCUGACAGGAGUUUGUGCCAUUAUCGGAGGUGUUUUCACAGUGGCCGGUCUCAUCGACUCGCUCAUCUACCACUCAGCUCGAGCCAUUCAGAAGAAAAUAGAGCUGGGUAAGGCUUCUUAACAGCGCCCCCCGCUGGCCUCCACGGUGCAACACAGACCAAGACACGGACACAGAGACAGAAAGGCUGAAAGAAGAAGUUUGGAAACAGAUGACUGCCCCCCCCCCCCCCAUCUCUAACCCUGAAGGAUCUCCAGGUCCUGUGACACGGAUCAGACGUGGACACACACACACACACACACACACUCAGACCCGGAGGAUAUUCGUCCGUCUCCAAACCUGUUUUCUUUCGUCCUUCCUGUUGACGUCCUCUGUGGUCGCCGGUGAAAUGCGGCCGGAUGUUAGCGAGUGCGUCUCUGAGCGAGAGUCACGAGAAGAGGCCGCUUGAAUAUUUCAAACACUUACGUCCCGAGAACUUUCACUGACUCGCCUGUAAUCUCAAUUUUAUUCCCGUGAUUAUAAAGUGAUAUUUUGCUGUAGAUUAUCAAGUGUCAUUGAAUGAGGUACUGACACUAACUGCACCGAGAGCGCCCCCUGCAGCUGAGACCGAGGCGCUCACUCUGAGUGAAAACAUGGCUGCCAGAGGAGGAGACACAAGGAAAGACCGACAUCAGCCACGUCGCGUCAAGUCUACGAUAUCUUUAAGAACACGUUCAUGUCUUUAUCUCACUGUGAGACAGGAAACUGACGUUUGUAAACAGCUAAAAUCACUGAUCAUGAUCUGGUGUGUGUGUGUGUGUGUGUGUGUGUGUGUGUGUGUGUGUGUGUGUCUGUCUCACAGUGAGAUAAAGACAUGAACAUGUCGUCCACUGACGUUACAGCUCAGUCAGCACUGAUUAUGUCGCAGUACCUCAAACAACCACGCUUUAAAAAAAAGAAAAUGUAGAUUUUUUUGUGUCACUAUUGAUGUGCAAAGGUCUCUGCUCCAUUUAAAUGUUCAGUGUCCUGCAUGUGAUGUUUUGAUUUGAUGCCACCAAGAGAAACAAAAGUGACUUUAUCAAAUGA